CCCCCGAGAGCGUCUGACAAAAUGUUGUAUGUUAUGUCUAUCUUAUACUUCGUCUGUGAUUGUGGUUACAAUUUUACUUGAAACGAAAUUUAAAAAGAGCGCGUUCAAAAGAUGUUCAGCUGAUUUACAUUUCCAUGAUGGAGUAGGUAGAAAGUUAAACAUUUAGAAACCACGCUUGAGGGCGAGAUUGUAUGCACGUGUACAUAAAAGCCGACAUGGUGUUAUAUUUUAAUAAUAAAUAUUUUAUUGUGAUUAAAACAAUUUUAGUGAACUUACAUUAGUAUAAUACACGAAUAGAACUGGAUAUAAAUAUUAAACAUUAAUCAGAUAUUGAAAUAAUUUCCAGAUAUCGCAAAAUGGGUAAAAGAAAAGACAAUGCUGAUAUUCAAUUGAAUGUCAAGAAACUGAAAAAGUCACCAAAGGUAGUUAAUAGCAAUAAUAUUGCAAGUAACGAAAUUAAUAUUUCUGUAGAUGAUAAGCCUACAGUUAUAAAAGAGAAAAGAGGAAAGUAUGAGAAACCUUUAAAACACGUUAAUAAGGAGAAUCGUAAACAUGAUGCAAAAAGUGAAAAGGAGAACCAGAAGGGAACGAAUGAAAACUCUAAUCAAAUGGAAAAACCCAAUUGGAUGGAAAUUAAAAAGCAAAAGAAGGAUCUACGAGAAAAGUAUAAAGCAAAAAAAUUAAAUGAUCUGUACGAAAUAUCAAUAAAAGCGAAACAGAUCGGUGAAAAGUUACGUAGAUCGGAUUGUAAACUGUUGGAACGUAAGAAAUUAAUUUUACAAGCUCAUGACUUAUUGAAAUCUCAUUAUAGUAAAGUAAUGCUUACACAUGAUUUAUCUCGUAUUAUUCAAUGGCUGAUCAAAUACGGCGACCAAAAAAUUCAAAGAGAUGUUUUUAGCGAAUUGAAGCCUUCGAUCACAGAAAUGAUCUCGUCAAAAUAUGCAAAGAACUGUGUAAAAAGUAUAUUAAAAUAUGGACCUCGAGAUAUGAAACACGAAGUUAUUUCUGCUUGUUAUGGUAAUGUUGUGAAAUUCAUGAGUCACUCUGUAUCUGCACCCCUGCUGGAUCUUAUGUAUUCAAAAUAUGCGAAACCUAUAGAGAAAAUAUACUUUAAACAAGAAUUUUAUGGCGAUAUGUACAAACAAGCCAAGGACAAAGAAGUUAAAUCUUUAUCAGACAUAUUUAAAUCUGCAGAAAAUAUGAAACCGGCAACGUUAUCCGCUGUGAAAGGAAAUCUAAUGAGGAUAUUAAAUAAAAAUCUUUUACACUUCACGUUUGUACAAUGUAUCCUUUUAGAAUAUUUAAACGAAUGUUCGUCUGAAGAUAGAUCAGAAAUGAUAGCUAUGUUGAAAGAUUCUGUAGUGGAAUUAUCUCAAACCAAACCUGGUUCAAAAAUUAUUACACUGUGCAUAUGGCAUGGUACAAUUAAAGAUAGAAAGAUGAUAAUGAAAGCUUUUAAGGAAAAUGUAAAGACUGUCUCCAUGUCUGAGCAUGGACAUUUAACAUUACUAGCUUUAUUUGAUUCGGUAGAUGAUACUGUCCUCGUAAAGAAAAUCAUACUUUCAGAAAUUCAGAAUGACUUAACAGAUAUAGCGUUAAAUGAACACGGAAAACACGUGAUUUUGUACUUAGUAGCUAGAAGAAAUCCUCGUUAUUUCCAUCCUAGUAUAAUUACAUACUUACAACAAGGAGAUAAUAAUGCAGGAAGCAAAAAGUCUGCAGAUAUUCGGGAAAAAGAGUUGUUAGAGGGAAUUUCUGAUUCACUACUCGAAGCUAUAACAAAGAACACUGCAACGUGGAUGUCUAACAGUUCCAGUGCAAUGGUAACAUUGGCAGUUUUGAAUGCAGGUACUGGAGAAAAAUUGAAGCAAGCUUUUGAAGCCAUUGCUAAGUACAUCACAGACUCGGACGUCAAGAUUAAAGAAGAGGAUGUCGAAUAUAAGGCUGUCGAACAUUCAGGUUUACAUAUGGCAUUGAAAAAACUUAUACAAGACAAUAAAAAAUUACGAGAGAAAAACGAAACUACAUUUGGAGAAAUAUUAGUUGAUCAUUUGGAAGCGAACAUCAUAAAAGAAUGGAUAAAAUUCAAUAGAGGUUGCUUUUUGUUAGUAUUGUUGUUGGAGAAUGAAACAGAGUCAACUGUAAAUACACUAUGCUCUAAAUUGAAACCAAUAAAAAAUUCUUUGAAAUCCGAGACGAGUCCAGGGGCUAAAAUUUUACUUAAAAAAUUGAAUUAAAUGAAACUCAUUUUAGUAAUCAUGCAUAGUGCAUUAACUUGUUCUCUAUUGGUUGCACAAUUGUGAAUUCUACAGGAUGCUUGUUUUAAAAGCAGCUGCAAGAAUGUCAAAUGUAAUACCAAUAAAUUGAUUUCCUGCAAUUUUAUUCGCAAUAUAAAUACUUACAAUUAUUCAGUCAAAUUUUGUGAUCAUUCUUGGUUUAGCAUUCGUUUCUUAUUUGUCUCAAAUAUAAAUUACUGCUUAUGUAAAAAUGAUAGGUAAUACAUAUAGUAAUUAUUUAUGUAUUCCACAUUACUUACCUACAAGGUAUGAGAAAAUAUGCUAAAAACAUGUAUAUACAAGUUUCGCAAAUUCAGAAAGAUUUUAAAACGAAAUCUUUUAUAAGUAUAUUAAAUAUUAAAAUGCUCAUGAACUUUGUAAUUUGUGUAAUAUAUUAUUCGUACAGAACUCAUAAGGCGACAGAUAUAUAUAUAAAUAUACAUUUUCCUAUCUUUUUACAAUACAAUGUAAAAAAAACAGGAAACCAUAAAAAUAUCAGUACCGAAGUUAGAUUUAAAUUACAUAUUAUUAGACAAUGGUUAUUACUGUUAAUAUAUACGAGCCACAAUUCUAAUAAACUGUCAUUAAACCAAUCUUGAUAAAUAAUACAUUUUUUUUAUUACUAUUAUUUUGAUGUUACUUAAAACAAAAUUGUCAAUUAUCAACACCAUUUAGAUUAGAUAGUAGUUCAAUUUUCACAGCUUAAAUAUUUCCUUGACGUCCACAAGCCUGAUUAAAAUUUCUGGUUCAUUAUCUUUUGUCAAUUGUGGUAUAUACUGUUGGAGUACGACACUCAUUUUAUGAAACAGUUCACUAUUUUUAGUAUCACGUAAUUUUUUCCCGAGAGAUAAAGCUAUAUUCAACGAUUCCUUCUUAAUCCUGAUAAACGAAAUACCUGCAACAGAUAUUCAUUUUAGUUAUCUUUCCUCUUAAAAAAAUAUAAAUUUUAUUCUUUAUGUCGUUUACCUAUACUAUACUCCAGUAUUUUGUUCAGUUUAUCACAAAUUUCACUCAGCAUUUCUUUAUCUCCAAUCGAUAAUUCUGUACUAUCCACUUUGAGCAAGGCAAGUUUAUCCACAAAUAAGUUAAGUGAUGUCAACAUCGCUACCUGUAUAGACGUGGACUGCGUAGGAAA